UUAUAUUCUAGGUACCAGGCCUUUAAGAGUUCUAUGCGCGGUAACGUAAAUGAAAUGCGUCUUUUCCACGGAACCAGUGCAGAUAACAUUGAUUCAAUAAAUACAAACAACUUUAGUCGUAGUUUUGCUGGAGUAAAUGGAGUCGCAUAUGGAAAUGGAGUGUAUUUUGCUAAGAAUGCAUCAUAUUCCAUUAAAUACGCUCGGAAGGGAAAUUUAUGGUCAAAACCAAAAAUGUACAUUGCUAAGGUGCUUGUUGGAGAUUACACUCGUGGAAAAAGCGGAAUGAAAGCACCGCCAUCCAAAAAUGAUCCUGAAAAUCCUGGUCUACUGUAUGAUUCUGUUGUCGAUAACACAAAUAAUCCAACUAUGUAUGUUAUAUUUCAAGAUAAUCAGUACUAUCCUGAAUAUCUUUUAACUUUACAAUAAUUUAAUAUCAGUCUUAAAGUUCAUCUAUUUUAUAUGUAAAAUAUAUUUUUCUUAUUGUGAGUAGCUAAUUUUAAAAUUUAAUAGAUAAUAGUGUCUCUGUA